AAGCCUUUUUAAAGUCAAACAACUUGGGAUCUUGCCCGAAAACGUAAUAAGCAUUAAAGUUAAUUAAAUAAAGCAUAAUCAACAGAUUAAAGAGACAGCCACGCCAUCGUACAUCUCCUCCUCAAUGCCCUCUGGGAUCGGCUCUAGGUUCAUCUGUCUGAUCACCUACGGACAGCAAAAGAAAA